GUUUGAAGCAGUAUGUAUAUCAGACAUUACUUUAAAAGUUGAUUAUUUUUAGGGAAAGUAAAAUAUGGGUAAAGGUAAGAGCACAAUGCUAAGUAGUAAUAAUAUUGGAAACACUAGUGAGUGCAGGAAUGCCAUUACAGAUUGCAGCAGAGUAAGGAUUCUGCUUUGUGACUUCAAUGCUGAAAGUUGUGGCCAAGUUUUGCAGCUUCUUACCCAAUGUUCUUACCAGGUUGCUCCCGUGACUUCAACUGCUCAAAUGUUUGAUGCACUCGAAUCUGAAGAUCCUUGUAUGGAUAUCAUUCUUACUGAAAUCGCGAUUCUGAUAGCCAAUGGAUCAAGCAUUAUGAGUUCUAUCAAGCAAAAUGUCAGUCUAAGGCAUACUUCAGUGAUUAUGAUGGUGACAAAUGAAGAGGUUUCCCUUAUUGGGAAAGGCUUGGGAUAUGGAGCAGCUGACUAUUUGGUUAAACCAUUGAGUAUUCAUGAAAUAAAGAAUCUCAGAAUUCACAUCAAAUGAAAACUUAUGAGUUGAUUUCUUUCGUUCUUAAUGCGAACGAUGAAUUUUUAUAGUCAAAGGCAACUCCAUUAUGAAGUCACAUGCUAUGUGUGGCUAUGAUUGAUUAGGAUAAAGUCACAUAUGCAUAUAUGAUAUAUGUUUCCAUAUAGUGAAGUCAUAUAUGUUUCAUUUUUUAUGUAAUGUGAACUGUAUUUAGCUUAAAUUGAACAUUUGAUUUGAUUUAACUUGAAUAUUUUAAAAGUUUUUGGAUGUAAUGUGUUGUUUUCUUACAAUUCAUUGUAUGAAGAAUAAUGAAGUGAUCUUUAAAUUGUUAUUACUA